AAUGUUAUUAAAAUCUUCAAUUUAUUUAUUAAUUAUUUUAAUUCAAUUUACAUCAUCAACAUUAAAUACACAACAAAAAGAAUAUCAGAAAAAAGAACAACAAGUUUUGCUUAACCCAGUUAUACGCUCAUUAAUUAGACAAAGGCUAAACAAGUUGAAGAAGGAGGCUAUUCUUUUGGGGCAAAGAAACGAGCAACAAAAUAUAAAUAAUUCUGAUUUACAACAAGUUGUAAAAACAGAAAGUAAUAUGCAGUAUAUACCCCUAAAUUGUUUCUUUUCUCCAGUAACUUGUCGUUUGCCAAUUAUUGGAGUAAAAAGAAAACAAAGACGACAAAAUUUAAUAAAUAAACAACAAAAAAAUAUUAAAAAUGAAAAUAAAAUGGAAGAAAGAGAAGAGGAACCAAAAGUUGGAAGAUAUUUUUUGGCAUUAACUUAUUUUUCGUCUCCACAAAAAUUUUUAACGAGAGAAGAUAAUUUAUAA